AUGAAGUUCUUUAUUGUAUUCGCUGCCCUAGUUGCCGUGGCCGUCGCUGGCCCCGUACGUGUCGAUGACUCGCACUUGCUAGCCAUCAUACACGCCAUCAACAGCCCGCACACGGAUUCCGCCACCGCUGCUCUACUUCAGGACCAACUUGAUGCGAUCCUUGACUCGAUCAAACCUGUUCCUGUUGAGGUCGGACCCGCGAUUGUCGAUGAGUACGAACCUAUCUCCGUUGGACCCGCGAUCAUCGAUGAAUACGAACCUAUCUCCGUUGGACCCGCGGUCAUCGAUGAAUACGAACCCAUCUCUGUUGGACCAGCUCUGAUCGAGGGACCCAUCCCUGACCCUGCUGCUGUUUCUGGAUCCCCUCUCGUUCAGGUCAUUGUCAAUGUCAACACUCCGCCAAAACCAGUUGAAGAUAUUUCAACCGGCCCAGCUCUGAUUGACUUUGACCCGGCUCCCAUCCAGCCUGACCCUGUGAUUGUGGUAGACCACCCGGAACUUGUGCCUGUACAGAUCCCCCAACCCGUCCUCCCUGUUCCUGCUGUACCUAUCCCUGACAACGCUAACUAAA